GGUCUGGUACCCCAGGACUGCGGCAAGCCAGACCAACCAACCGGCUGGGAGAAGAUGCCUGGGGGUCCUGGCGUCCUGCAAGGCCCGCCGCCUGGCACCGUCCUCCUCCUCUUGAUCUGUGCUGCUGGCCUGGGCCCAGGAGGCCAGAGCCAGUGCACAGACCGGACCCCGCCAUCGGUGAAGGUGAUGGUGGGGGAGGAGGCCCGCCUCCCGUGCCUGCUCAACAUCAGCCUCCUCAGCAGCCGCCCAAACAUCACCUGGUGGCGAAUCGUCCAAGGCAACUUCACGUGGCCCCCGCAGUUCCACGCCUGGGCCGAGAGCAACGGGGAGCUCUUGUUCCCAUCGGUGAACAUGAGCCACCGAGGCCUGUACAGGUGCCACAUCUUGGAAAACGGCGUUGAGUGGCACUCCUAUGGCACCUACCUCCACGUGUUUAAGCCGGUCCCCAGAGCCUUCCUGGACAUGGGGGAGGACACCAAGAACAACAUCAUCACGGCGGAGGGCAUCAUCCUGCUCUUCUGCGCCGUGGUGCCCGGGACGCUGCUGCUGUUCAGGAAACGAUGGCAGAACUUGAAGUUCGGACUGGACCCCCGGGAUGACUACGAAGACGAAAAUCUUUAUGAGGGCUUGAACCUCGACGACUGCUCCAUGUACGAGGACAUCUCGCGGGGCCUCCAGGGCACCUACCAGGACGUGGGCAGCCUCCACAUCGGAGACGUCCAGCUGGAGAAGCCGUGACCAGCCCCUGUCUGCCAUGCUCCCAGCGGCAGUGUCUCCCCGGCUCCCGGGGAACCAGCUCUUUCACCAUCAUUCCCGGGAGGGUCCUGCAUCAACUUCCCCCUGGGGAGUGUCCGCUCCUCCUCCUUCCCCUCCCCGCCACCUUCCCCAAGCUCCCACCCACUCGCUGACCCCGCUGGUAAUGAGCCUUAAUCACUGCCUGCCUCUAGGGGACUGAUUGUAGCAGCCUCCGUGUCACCUCCCCCUCCCUUGCUUUUGUCAAGGCCACUUAGUUAUAAUAAAUGCUUCCCAAUUGCA